AUGGCCGCUGUCCAAGAACCGUGCAUCGGCAGGGGUGGCGACCUCGGCGGCGGAACGCACCGGCGCCGCCGCGUCCUAAUGUUUCCGGUGCCGCUCCAGGGCCACACCAACCCGAUGCUGCAGCUGGCCGACGUUCUCCACGCGCGGGGCCUCGCCGUCACCGUGCUUCACGCGACGUGUCUGAGCGCGCCGCACCCCGAGCGGCACCCGGAGUUCCAGUUCGUGCCCGUGCCCGACGGCGUUCCUGACCACGUCGCCUCGUCUGGGAACGCCCUCGAUGUCCUCGACGCCAUGAACGCCGCCAUGGAGGCGGACGAGUCGGCGGGCCUCCGCGGCAUCCUCGCGUCGGUGCUCGGCGACGAGGGGCAGCCCCCGGCCGCGUGCAUCAUCUUCGACGGUAACCUCCUAGCCGUGCCAAAGGCUGCCGCGGCACUGGGCCUCCCGACGCUGGUGCUCAGCACCGGGAGCGCCGCCUGCUUCCGUUGCUUGCUUGCCUACCCCAUGCUUCAUGAAAAAGGCUAUCUGCCUCACCAAGAGACGAAACUCGAUAUGCCGGUGAAGGAGCUGCCACCGCUGCGGGUAAGGGACCUCUUCUAUACACCCCCGAGCCACCAAGAAGUAAUGAAAAGAACACUUGCUCGAGUCGUUGAAGCAGUGAAGAAGUCCUCUGGUCUACUGAUGGAUACAUUUGAUGCUCUCGAAAUAGCCGAGGUACAGAGGAUCCGUGAAGAGCUCAACAUACCUCUUGUACUCGCAGCUGGUCCUGUCAACAAGCUAUCCUCUAAGAGCAUAGGGAGUAGUUUGUUGGACCAAGACUUCAGUUGCAUUGAGUGGCUCGACCAGCAUCACCCAGAAUCGGUGUUGUAUGUGAGCUAUGGAAGCCUGGCUUCCCUGGACUCCAAUGAGUUCUUGGAGGUGGCUCGGGGUUUGGUCAACAGUGGCCAUCCUUUUCUAUGGGUGGUUCGGCCAGACUUGGUACGGGGUAUGGAUUGUCCAGAUUUUCCAAAUGGCUUUGAGGCUGCAGUUCAUAGCAGGGGCAAGGUGAUUCGAUGGGCGCCGCAGCAGGAGGUGCUGGCGCACCCUGCGAGUAUCUGUGAGGGUGUUCCAAUGAUGUGCAGGCCUCAAUUUGCAGAUCAGACGACGAACACGAGGUAUGUGGUGAACACAUGGGGUGUAGGGUUGGAGCUAGAAGGUGAGCUUGAAAGAGGAAACAUAGAGAAGGCCAUUAGGAAGCUCAUGAAGGAAAGGGAGGGAGGGGAGAUGAGGGGAAGAGCUAAGGAGCUUAAGAAGAAAGUGGGAGAAUGUUUGAAAGAUGGUGGGACUGCUCAGAUCGCCAUUGACAAGUUGGUGAACUACAUACUUUCUAUGUGA